CGCCAUGUUGGAACGGGAGAGAAGAAAACAUGCCAUGGUGUACCGUUAUAAUUUUAUUUGGAAUAGGGCUACAUGCUAAUUUAUGUUGACCGGUAUUGAAUCGACUUUUAUCCCUUCCUAUUUAAAGACGCACUUUUAUUGAAAAUGUUAUUGCUUAUGGUUUACCUCUUUUGUGUAUGCCAGGAAGAAAGUUUUCUUAUGAAAGUUUCAAUGAAAGAAAGAACUUGAAAAAAAAAAUAUUUAAAGCGUGAAGCAAAUAGUAGUACUAGUAGCAUGUUGUCGUUACAGUUUAUACACUUUUAGUAAUUCGUAUGUAAUUAUAUGUCUAAAUACAGAAAACCCGUGUAUUUUGUAUGGCUCUUGGUUAUGUGUAAUGUAUGUUAACUUAUACGGUACUUCUUGACAAUGAUAAUAGACUUAAAUAAUAGAUUUUAGUAAAUCACUCAACAGUUAAGCAGAGACUUCAUGCCCUCUUCAGACUAUUACUAUUAUCAUUAUAUAAAUUAUUAUCAUUAUUCUGUAUUCAGGUGGCCAAUUAUAGCCUAAAUAAGUUUAACAUUAUAUUAUUUUACUUCAGUGUCAGUGGAAGUUGUAACAACAAAUGUUGUGCUUAGACUCAUAUUGCAAAAGUUAUUUGAAAUGUCUUGCAUUUGCAUUCAAUAUUCAAAUAACUCGCCUCAGCAAUUAAUAAUGAUACGGCGAAUGGCGAAUAGGUAUCUUUAAAAAAUCUUUAAUUAACCUGGUUUAAGUUAUGACUUCAAAAUCUCCCAUAAGUCCCAUAUUAUUAUUUUCUUAAAAGACUACACUACACUAGGCUUAGAACUUAGAGGUUACCUGGUAGAACCUAAACAAUUUAUAACAUUAUUUUUUAUUGUCUAACAUGUUGAAUGUCUCCUGUUUUAUGUUUAAUUAAAUUUAAAUGAGUUUAAUUAGCCUAUUAUAAAACCAUAAUAAUAAUAAUUUAUUAUUGUUCGUCCUUCGCAAGUGAAGAUGACCAAGGCAAUUUUCAUCUUAAGUAGUAAUAGCCUUGACUUGUGAGAGAGAGUUCCUUAAUUCGUCAGCCUCACUCUCUUGCCUAUUUGAUACAAUGGCAAGACUUCUUACUCAAGAUGUUUUGAAAUAGACCAGGAUGCUGUAGAUGACCAGCAAUGUGUCUUGUGUGUAUCAACACUUUGGGAAACACUGACUUACAGUACUUACAGGGAACACAUUUAACUAUAAUAAGGGAUGGUAAAAUUUCCAAAAUCCAGUUUCUAAAAUUGCUUGGUUUGGAGGAAAAAGUGAAAAGAAACCACUUAGUAGUUGGUCUAAUAUGACAUAGCAUUUGUUAGGGUUAGGUACACAUGACACAUUGUAUGCGGUUUAGAGAGUACCAGUACUUGGUAUACAUGAAAGGCUAAACUGUAAUUGUAACAAGAGGCUUAUAAAUAACCUUUAGCCUUUAACAAAUAGACUGCAGGUUACUCUGGUGUGUUCAUAAUUCACAUUAAAAAUCAUGUAUGGAUUAUAAUUAAAAACACUUUUAUUUAUUAAUAGUAUAAUUUAUUAUUAGCAAUUUUUGCUUCCACUUAUCUUAUUUUAAAUUUUAUACUGGCCAUAUAUGAUGGAACAGGAAAUUGGCUGCUGGUUAGGGAAAAACCGUCUUAAUUGACAGGUCAUCUAGCCAUAUGAUGAUAUUAAAUGUUUAGCAUUUCGUUCAGCAUUCUCGAUUCAUCUAGUUCAGUUAUUGCAAACCUAUUAAAUCAUGUAGAGUGUGAUAUGCUAUGAGAUUUUAGAUCACUCGUCAUUUAAGGGACUUUCAAGUAAUCGUGAACACCUUAGAGUAGGGUUCGGCAACCUUUUUUUAAUGUAAUGAAUCAUCAAAAAAAAUUAUAUCUAAAUAAAUAUUUUUGAGCCACAUUUCAUUAUCAUUAUGGAUUGGUAAAAAAAAUAGAGCUACAUUUAUUCCUUCAAAGAAUGGUAUGCAUCUUCAGAGCCACUGGUUGAUAACCAAUGCAUUAGUAGAGCAAUUAAUAUUCUGAUAACAACUGUUCAGUUCAUAUUAAUAUUUCUAUGUAUGGUAAAGUAAAGUAAUAUUUUUUGUUUAGUAUUUCCUUUACUCGAUAUCAAUGUUUACAAUAUUUACAGCAUGUGUUAAGUCCCAGAUUUACAUUUUUAUUCUAAUGUUACUCAAUAGCAGUACAGUAUUUAAGUUGAAAAAAUUGUCCUGUCUAGCAUUUCUCUUCUCCCUUCCCCCUCCAAAAAAAACCUAUUUGUUUUAAAAUGCCAGUAAAGGUUUCUGAUGCCAGUGUUAUUUUUAAAAAUUAAAACAAUUCUUUAUGGGGUGGGAGGGCACCAACAUAAUUACCAAGUUACGCAUUUUCCAAAUAUACACACACAGCUCAAAUAGGUUGCCAAAUAUUCACCUGUACCUGUUUAAAAAUAUAAAUUAACUUUCUAACUUCAUGUGAAUGAAAUAUUGAUAAAGGUUUCUUAUUUUAAGGAUUCAAAUGAUAUGGUCAUAGACCUUUUUGCAUCUUUAUUUAAGUAUCGGUAAUUAAUUUAGCUUAAGGGAUUUCCCAUAAAGUAUGUCCGCAAAAAAUAUGCAUUUCUUCACCCCCUUCCUGGCUUGCCGAAGUCCACAUGGGGCUACCAGUAUAUAUCACACAAAACGCCAGAAGCAUAAUAACUAUUUUAAAGAUAAGUCUCACUAGAUUUAAACCUUUAAAAAUGUCAGACAUAGGUUGGCAACUAUGAAUACCACUACCUAUCACAAAUGCUUUUGAGGUGGAGACCUGACCGCACAUUUAAAAAAAAAAAUUACCUGUACCGUACUGUAACAAAGAAAUAUAUGACAAAAAAGUGGUGUGGUUCCACUACAAAAGUAAAAACAAUUUUUAUAAAAAUUAUGCACUUUUCUUUCUUAUAGUUAACUAGUGACCUUAACCUUAUUAAGCAUGUUCUGCAGUUUUCUAUUUGUUCUCAAAGUUAAUUAGUUAGAAUUCACUGAUUUUUCUUUAAAAAUUAAUGUGUUAAAAAAAACCUGCCAUAUAGUCACAGUGGGUGGCACAGUCAGUAGUGUCAGAUAGACAAGUAAUCUGAUGGUCUGGGAUUAAAUUUCCAGCAGCACCAAAUCUUCUCUUCAGUUCUCCCCCCUCCUGCAAACUAAAAGUAAGUCUUUGGAUGUUUACCGUGGCAAAAUUGUCAAAGCUUUGUCAGAAAAACCAGGCAAUCUUUGCACAAAGCAUGCUACAGCUCCAAAAAAAGCUGCAAUACCGGAUAUACCAGCUUCUGGAUAUACUGAACAAAACAAUUGUUUGUGACAUUAAUUGCAUUUUUUAUUACGGUAUACCAUUUUUUCUGAAUAGAUGUACCAGUUUUAGACAAUGUUUCAUCUUGAAGAGACAUGGGUCCAGUUUGAAAUUUGGUUUAUGUAGAAAAAACAACACAAUUGUCAUUUACCUUAUUUAUAAGCUUGUCUGAAAAUUUGCUUUAAAACCAAACACAAAUUUAUAUACGGUAUUAUAUUUUACUUAACUAAAGGCUAUCAACCAGGCUGUGUCAAGGGAUGCAGUAAGUCAGAGAUAAUCAUGUUUAUUACCAUUUAUUUUAUCACGAGGAAAGGGGGGUGGGGGGAACAGCGUACUGGAAAUAUAUCGAAAUCAAAUGUGAGUGCAGGAAAUUAUUUGAAAUAGAGAGUUGCUACGCUGCAAAAGGGCCAAGAACCCCUAACUUAAUGGUGCAUACGCUUUGUUUGUAAACAUUACAAAUUUUCAUCCUUUGCACGUUCAGAAGGAUAAAGGAGGCAGAUUAAAUUAAAUAAAUUGUAUAUGUAGGAUAACUAAAUAAUAAACCAAAAAAUGUACAAAGGAGCACUGCAGCCUUGUAUUUUUUGAAAAAAUUUGCCAUCCCCCAAAACCAAAGAGCUUUUUAUUUUAUUUAAAAAGUAUGUCUAAUAUUACUAAUAAUAAUGUCAACAUAUUUUCUUAAUAAAUUAUAAAUACUCUUAAGAAGUUUCCUCCUGCCCCCAACCACUGCCCCCAACCACUGCCUUUGCAUGAUGAUUAGUUAUAAUCCAGUUUAAAACAAACAAACAAAUGCAAACUGAACUGGCAGGAGCCAAAGAAUUAUCGCUGAAACUGAAAGCAAUGAAAACCUUAAGAUUGCAAUGUACCCGGUACUAAAAUACAAUAACAUUAAAAAUUUAAUCUGGGACUAGAAUUAGAAUACAAAUACAAUUGCAUACUAGUACACUAGUUUUGGCUAAGAAUAUUUAAGUGCUGCACCAGUACUAUAUUCUAAAAUAAACUUAUCAUAAUAAAAUGAAAUUUAAAUAUUUCACUGAAUAGAGCUUUUCAUAAGAACAAAACUACAAGUUUAAAUGUAUCUUAGAUUUAUAAAAGUUAAAAAAAAUUUUUAAUGUGAUAAAAUAUGGAAAGAAUGAUUAAAUCAAGAUAUGCAUGAUUUCAUGUUGUGCUUGUGUGAUACAUAAUUUCUUUUAAAUAAUGUAUAUAAAUCAAGCUUCACAUAACACUAGGAUGGAGAUUAAAAUGCUUAUGUUCUAAUUAUCAUUUCCAAUUGUUUCUGAAUGCAUUAAUUUUCUGGAGUAGUUUGGGGCCUAAUUCUUCAUCAUUCUUUACCGUCUAACAGGCAAAAUAUGCAUCUAUAGCCAUCAGAAUUUGUUUGGUGUUGGUUAUUUGAGAAAAUAUAAUAUUUAUAUGUAUCCAUUUAACUUUAACUAUUGAAAUGUUUGAUGCAUAUAAUUUAAAAAAAAUCUUUUGUAUUGAAGAAAUUUUUCUAAAAAGUGUAAUUAGUAAUUAAUAUUUAAUUCAAUUUUAAUACUAAAGUAAUUUAACCUUUUUUAAUUAUAUAUAUAUAUAUAUAAACAGUUAAAGUUGUGCUGUAUUACCAUGGUCUCAUUUUUUUAAAUGAUAUAUGUAUAUCAUACUAAAACUUAUUUUAUAUAUUUCCUCAGGAUAUUUCAAACGGAAUGGAUCAGCAAAACUUGACAUAACACUGUCCAUCCCCUAAGUGCAUCAUUUUCAUCAUGGCAACAACUGCCGUCUUACCAGUUAAAAAUGGUGCCCCACCGAUUACAAACUCUUUGAAUCCUCCUGCGGCUAACAAAAGUCUUCAGGCUGUCAACAGAUUCCCCCCACCCACAGCCUCUCUUUCCUUACCACAAAAUGACCAGGGUGCUAGACCUUCCCUGGUUCCUGGAGGAUCGCAAUCAUUCCAUCGUCCAUAUCAGUUUCGUCCCAGGUUUCCACCUAAUAAAGGCCAGGAAGAUAUUGCAGGACUUAUGUAUGAUGGCAAGCGUAUGCGGAAAGCUAUUCACAGAAAAACUGUAGAUUAUAAUCCUUCAGUAUUCAAGUAUUUACAGGUACCGGUACCUGAAUAUAUUUUUUGUUUCUCAGUGGCAAUAAUUUUCAAGAAAUUAAUCAUUUAAAUAAUAAUUUACACUUUUUUUACUUUUUGCUGUCCAAUUGCUGUGUCUUAACUGUUUUGCAUUUGCUAGUAUUCCAAAUGAAGUAACUUUUAUAUUCAAUUUUUCAAUAAAGGUAUGGUAUGUUAAUUCUUUUUUUAAAUGUGUAAAUAGUACAAUUUAUAAAUUACUUGUAUUAAUGACGAAGUAUUUUUUUAUUCUAAUGUUAUUUUUAUGUUGGCAGACAUGAGCAUUGCCUUCAUCGUGAAAAGUAUUAAGAUUUUAUUCCUUUUCUUUAGAAUAGAGUUUGGCAGCGUGACCGGAGAGAUGAGCAUCAAAUUCAACCUGAUUCUUUAUAUGCUGUUGAUGUAAGAACUUAGAUACCGUAUUUAUUGGCGUAUAACUUAACACAAACUUUUUCUCCCUGAAAAUAGAGGGCAAAUGAUGUGUGCAUUUUAUACGCCGAUAUAAUGUUUAGGUUUUUUUUCUGAAAUUUCCUUCUUAAAUUGAGGUGUGUGUUAUACGCGGGGGGCGUGUUAUACGCCAAUAAAUACCGUAAUUAUUUUACCAUAAAGUGUUGAAUAGUAUUUAAUGGAAGUCACCUGAUAUUUAACAUUAAUAAAUCAUAGUUUCUGAUAAUUCUAAAAAAGAAAAAACUUUUCAUUUAAUAUCACAAGUUCUAAAUGAACCCAGCCUACAGCUACAACAGAAUUGUCUGGAGAAGAUUUCUGUUGCAAUUAGUUCAAGAAUAACAUUGACAUCCUCAUUUAAUAGGAAAUAUUCCAGGCUAUUUAGUGUUGAUGCUUGCCAAGCUUCAUAAUUUCAAGAGUUUUGCACUUAUAACUGGCUUUAUUUCUUCUAUAUUCUCUUUUUUGGCAUCUCCAAGUCUGAAAACCUCAACGUGAAAAUCUAGUCAAAAUUAUUUUAGUUCUGUUUAUGUAACAUUUCAAUUCUGUUCAGUUUAAAAUGUGCAAUGUACAUUCUCUACAGAUUUAAUUGUUUAUUUUAAUUUUUUAGUUCUUUGAGAUUUGUCCUAAGUAAAUAUUCCAUUUACGGUACCUGUAAGUUAAAUCCAAGCAAAUUGAAGCUCUUCAAUGAACAGCGGUGAAUAAUUUGGAUUUUUAAAAAACUUUUCAGUUAGUUCCUCCUCCAGCUCUAUUAGAGCACCCCAUGAAUUGUGUGACAACAAGGUUUGUACGAACGUCUACCAACAAGUUCAGAUGCCCCAUUUUUUGUCUCACGGUAAGUCAUUCUUAAAUUUAUUUUUUGAAAACUGUCCUGAGAAAUUUUGAAGGAAGAUAUCAUGCAUAGUGAUUAAAACAUUAUGCGUUUAGUUUGUUCAUGUGUGAUCCAUUGUUUGAAAAGAACACUUUAGUUCCGGGUCAUUUGAUUUCAUUUGGUUUUAGUUGUUUUAAAUUGUUGAGCAUUGUUAAAGUUGUUCACUAAAGUAAUUCAUUGCUUGGUAACUCUUGUCCUUGCAAUGUCCUACAAUAACUAAAAUAUCCACUGUGCGCUUCUUUCAUAUUUGAGUGGAUUUUUACCCAAAUAUUGUUAAGGGAACUUAAGAUUGUUUUGUAGUUAUCUCUGAGGUGUGUAAUAUCUUCAAAUUUUUGUUUUAUGUUAGCUCAUAUGUCAACAUAUUAAAAAUUCUGAUCUCUCCAUCUUACAGUGGACACCUGAAGGAAGGAGAUUGGUGACCGGAGCUUCCAGUGGAGAGUUCACACUGUGGAAUGGCCUUACAUUUAACUUUGAAACCAUCUUACAGGUACACACUCAGCUGCUUAUAAGAUUUUGAAAAAAGAAGGAAAUUCAUUUGUAGUUCUAUUUUUGUUUUCCAUAGUCACUAUGGGCUACUUUCAAAUUUUUGUAAAACAGAGUAGUGUGCCUGUGGUUGCCGCCUACUUUUACCAAUUUGGAUUGAUUCCAAAAUUAUAUUUGUUGUUUCUAAACUUGAUUCCAGUAAGUUAAGUAGGGUUAACUAAAACAGACCCAAUGAUAGAGUUUUGAAAAUAAAAUUUAUACUUUUACUCUAAAUAAUUUUUUCUUCUCAAAUCACGGGGACGUUAUCCGAUCCAUGUUUACUUAGCUAAACCAUGACAACCACAAAUGAUAUGAAAGUGGAAAUGAUAUUCACCAACCCAUUAUGCUCUUUUAUUUCCGUAAAUAAAUAUUUUUUCAUUCGUGAACGUAUCCCAUAGACACAACAAUGGAAAAGUGAGUCAAAUUCUUUUUGAGCCAAAUGAUUCAUUCUAAGAUGGUUUUAUGUCUUAGAAUCAAUUACCUGUUACCUUAGGAAAAGUCUUUUAUUUGUCAUCAGAAACUCAGUUUGAUUAAAAAUCGAAAAAUUAACACUUUAUAUCCAUAAACAGCACAUGGAGUAAAAAUAAUCCUCUAUCCACGUCUUUUCCCACGGUUACAGUGAAACAUAAGACAAUAAAAGCUCAAUAACAUUUUCAAGACGGACAGUAUUUAUUUAGCUUCAUUAAUUUAAAUGUUAUUAAAUACAAGAAUCUGUAUUAUUACAACUAGUGCCUAAAAUUUGAGUCCAUUUUUUACAAAAUUUCUAUAAAAAACCCUCAAAAUUUGAUGAAAAUUUGAGUUUAGAUAAACUAUUUUCAUUGAAAAGUUGUGGUUUACCUGGUCAACAAGGAAGUUAAUAUGUUAGAAUGCAUGCGCGUAUUCAUGAAAACUCUUGUUGCUCUGUUAAAUAGAAUACGAUAAGCAUCGUAUGAAUGUAAAGAUUAAAAAUGGUUGAUUUAAAGUGUUAAAUUGUUACAAGUUACUGUGCAUCCAUUAAGCUAUUUUCAUUACUUGUUUGUGUUGAUAUAAUCCAAUGCUGACGCUGUGAUAUUAUCUGGCAUUAGUAUACGUUUCAUCGUAAAGCAAACGAUUGAACUUAAUGUUUUAUACCAUUGGACAGGCACAUGAAACAGCAGUCAGGGCUAUGAGAUGGAGCCACAGUGAUGCAUGGAUGGUGACAGCAGACCAUGCCGGCUACAUCAAAUACUGGCAAUCCAACAUGAAUAACGUGAAGAUGUACCAGGCACAUAAGGAGCCCAUUCGAGGCAUCAGGUGGGCAGGGGACAGCAGGGAAUGCAUAUCAUUAUGAUAUGAAGAUACCUGGCAAAUAUGUUUGCUGCAUUCCAGUUUUACAUGUAGUUGAUCCUUUAGUCAAUACUUUGCUUUCAAUGACUCAAAAAAUUUAAGUAUUUUAAAUUUAAAGAUGUGCUGCUUUCUGUGAUAUACAAGCUAUGUGUGAUAUAUAGUGAACUACAAGAAUUUAAGAAGAAAUUAUAUCAUCCCUUAUGUUAAUUCAACUGUUUCUUCUUUUAUACUUAAAACUUUAAAAAUGUCUUAUGUGUAAUGGUAGUUGCUUUCCUCUUUUGCCAAUGGACUUUGGCAGUGUGACCGGAGCCCUAAAAACUAUAAUUUUUCCCGUCAUUUUUGUAAGAAAAAAAUAUUUUUCAUGUUUUUUUCUAAAAUUGUUUUAUUCAAUAAAUCUUAAAGAGGCUGAAGCCAUAAAGGCCAAUGUCUCCUAAACUUCACUUAAACCAAGUUUAAAAACUCAUUAACUUAUUUAAUGAUGAUAGUAAUUGUAGAAGAAUAAAUUUGGACUGUCAAAGCCAUAAAGGCGGAGGCAGUCUAAAGGUCUAUUUUUAGCGUGUUUGUGUCUUGUCCGUGCUUUUUUCGCAGUGCCAAAUCAAAACAAAUUUUAUUUCACAUUUCAUUUUAGUAACUGGGUGAUAUCAAUAAAUAUUAUUUGCUUCAUGUUUAUAAUACUAAUACAUUUUUAAGAGGAAAUUGCACAUCAUUUAAAUUAAUAAAUAAAAUAUUCUUUAACCAAUAAAAUUUAGGAAUAUUCCAAAAUUAUUAAUCAAUUAACCAAAAUACUUAAUGUCUUUUCCAAUGUUUUUGUUGACUGUUUUAUUCCCUAAAUACUUCCAAGAUUCAGUUCCAUUUCACUGGGGGAGGGGAUAAGGGUAUCCGUUAAGUGUGAAAUUUAGAUGAAGACACUUGGGUUUAAUUUCUAAAUCACAUAUAGUAUUCCUAUAACUCAACCAUGAUUUUAAAUGUAAUAUCAUUCAGUAUGCAAUGAUCAGGCUUUUCCGUUAACAAUGUUUUAUUUUGGGGGCUCAAGUGUAGGGGUGGUUUCAUAAAUAAGUUUCUAUGUUGGUUCGUUUAAUGUGCCCCACCUGUACCAAUGUGUUCUCAAUGCUUUAAAAAGGGUGACUCAUAAAUCUCAUAAGUAUGUUUGUUAUUUAUUUUAUAAAUUGUUUGAUGUAUGAUGAUCAAUAAAUUAUUUUUUCAGAAGCAGAUAAAAUAGUGUUUGUUAUCUGUUUCUUCCCGUCCAGUUUUUGUCCCUCGGACACAAAAUUCGCUUCUUGCUCAGACGAUGGAACUGUUCGGAUAUGGGAUUUUAUGAGAUGUCAUGAAGAGAGAAUUCUCCGAGGUAUGAUUUCUUGACCAUUUCACCUUGAUUCCUUAUCAGUUUUUUUAGAGCUGAUCUGGGAAUUUCUAACGUGGUUCGUGAUUAGCUGAGUUCAUAUUUUGUUUCUUGUUUUCAUUAUCCUGGAGAAAGAAUAUACAGCUGACGUGAAACAGUGAUGGGCAAUCAAAAAAACAAAAAUUUCUGUUGCCAGACCAACAUUGUGUCCUUUCAAAGAAAAAGCACAUCACUGUUAGGAGUCAAGAAAAUAUUUUAUUUCAGAUCUUCAGAAAUAAGCCAAUCCAAAAAUCAACUUGGAAUCUGUUGAUAUAAGCUAGACUUCUGUUAUCCUGGUUAUACACAUAAUCGGUCUCAUCACCCAUCAGUGCACCCACAGCCAAGUUCAUAUUUAGCAUAUAUGAUGAUUAAGGUGGUCAUAGUCCAUUUUGACUUGACGGACUAUAUACAUAAUUGCAUAACAAAGUAGCCACCGCUAUAAAAGUAGCAGGUUGUUCUAACCCAUGUGAACCACUGCUUCUUUUCUUGUUAAAAAUCAAACUACAAUUUAAAUGAAGGGCAAUAAGUUGUCAAAUCCAGCUGUUACGAAAACAAGGUUUUACCAGAGCCUUGAACAUACCAGGGUCUAUGUUGGACCGCCAUUGUCUAUAAGAUCAUUGUUUUCUUGUAUAUGACAGCGCUUUCAAAAUGACUAAUUCACCAAAGUGCCGGUAUAUGAAAACACCUUAUUUUCAUUGAAGGAAUCAAUAACAGACGUUUUUGCAUUAACUGGUUGUCUAUAUUUUAUCAUCUGAUCUUGUUUCAUUUCUGCCCUAGUUUUCCUUACUGAAUGUUUCAAACAUCCGAUGAAUAAAAAUAUAAUUCCUACCCUUUUCACCUCUCAAAGUCAAUAUUUUCCAAUUUUAAACCAUAAUUCUGUGCAGUUUUAUAACUUAACAGUUUAUUUAAAGUUAUUUAGAUAUUUUUGUAGCCAAGUUUGUUGAAUUCUUAAGCCCUUUAUGUAAUUUUAUUUUCCGCUCUUCUAAAUUAAGAGAUCAUGCUAAAUCCUUCUAUCUAUGCGAGUAUAAAAUCCAAGAGGUUUUGUAAAUCUUCUCAAGUAACCUGAACUUAUGCUAGACUAUUCUCACAUACUUAGUUUUUUUUUCUCAUUAACAAGAUCAAAAUUUUGUAGCAUAUUUGAUUGUAGUUGUAGUACAGGUCAUCCAAUUCAUACACUUUUUCUUCUGGUUUUAUUUUUAAAGUUUUUUUCUUCUCAAGACCUUCUUCUCACAGAGCAUCUCACUUGUGUCCUGAGUUUCAUUGAAAGAGAUAUCCUUGCAAUAUUUUUGUUUUGAUGUGCAAAGUAUGUUUCUUAUGUUCCGCUAAUCAUGUCUCUGCACUUUCCCACAACAAGAAAUACAACCUUUCAUCACAAUAACAGUGGUUAACAAUAUGGCAAUGGCAUGCACAGAUACAAAUCAAAUUAAAUUUGAGAAACAAUAAACAAAAACUUCUCCUCAUAAGACUUGGUGGUAUUUGGUUUGUGUGUAUCUUGAUACAACUUGGUGGUGCUAUUUAGUUUGUGUGUAUCCUCAUAAGACUUGGUAGUGGUAUUUAGUUUGUGUGUAUCCUCAUAAGACUUGGUGGUGCUAUUUAGUUUGUGUGUAUCCUCAUAAGACUUGGUGGUAUUUGGUCUGUGUGUAUCCUCAUAAGACUUAGUGCAAUUUGGUUUGUGUGAAAUUAACUAAGUAAAAGGCAACUGUGUUUCCAGAAAACAUAGCAUAGACCUCACACACUAAAAAGAUUUUGUGUGAUAGACCUCACACACUAGAAAGAUUUUGUGUGCUAGACCUCAUACACUAGAAAGAUUUUGUGUGAUAGACCUCACACCCUAGAAAGAUUUUGAGUUCCAUUUCUGGUCAGAUCAUAGCAUAUACCCCAUUUUCAUUCAAAGUUUUAUUAAUCUACAUGUAAACUUUGUUUAUUUAAAUGUUGAAAAUCCUAAGUAACUGUCAUUGACAUUAAACAAUAAUAAAAACGAACAGGAAGUAAUGCUUAAAAGAACAUGUAAGUACACAGAUGUUUAGGAAUCAUAUCACAACACAAUGAAAAGGAUGGCUUGGCAAUUGAGUGCAAACAUUGGCCCAUAGGUAUUUGACCUUAGUGUACAGUAGUAAUAGUAAUGUGAAAGGUUUAGCUCCUGUGUAUGGUAAGUACAGUUUUCUGAGAUAUUUUAUGUGUCCAUAUGUUGUAUUACUAUGUUAAUUUACGGUGAAAGUGAAAGGCUGAUUAAUUCUGACCUAUCUACAUUGCUGGCUCAAACAUAAGUCUGCAGCGUAGGGUCCCUGAGCUUUGGAAGCUCCCUCAUGAAUUUGAUAAUUUUAUAUGUCUAUAACAACUGACAUUAUUUUGAGCUGUGUACAGUAAGUAUAGUUUUGUGAGGUAUUUUACAAGGUGUCCAUAUGAUGUACCGGUACUGCUUUGUUAAUUGACUGUGUAAUGCUGAAACAUUAGUCUGCAGCCUAGAGUCCUUACAACAAAUGUCACAAUUUUAUAUUUCUAUAACAACUGACUAUUAUUUUGAACUAGUAAGUGAGCUCCAGAAAAAAGGUUUGCCCAAAAAGAUGAUAAUCUGGUUGUGGAUACAUGAGAUCUGAGAUAUUUUAUUUUCAAGAUUUGACACUGCUUAAGCGGCCUAAGCUGACUUAAGUUAAAUGCAAUACGACAGCAUAUACUGUGCCGUUUUAUAAAACUUUAUAUUAUUCCAUCAUCUCCCAGGUCACGGAGCAGAUGUCAGGUGUGUAGAUUGGCAUCCCCAGAAGGCACUUAUAGCCUCAGGCAGUAAAGACAAUCAGCAACCUGUUAAGCUCUGGGACCCCCGGUCUGGUAACAGCUUAGCCACGCUGUACGUUGAUUUUGACUAAUUUUCUCGGUUGAUUUUGUUUUCAGAAUUUAUAUCGAUUUAAUUGACACUUGAAUUAUUUACAUUCAUUAACUGGAUUUUCUGUAUUUUUUGUAGCUUUUAAAGAAAUAACUUUCAUUCCUUUCAUAACGAGCCAAGUACAAUUUAUUUAAAAAUAAGAGUAGGAUGGGUUUUUUAAACUUAAGUGCUAGGCCACUGUAAACUUGAGAGUUUUAAACAAAAUUUACUUUUGGUUAUAUAGUCAAGUAUCUGGUGUAUGAUGUUUUCAGACAUAUUUUCAACAUUUUUUUCUCAAACUCUCCUUUCUUUCCCCCUAGACAUGCCCACAAGCACACUGUGAUGGAUCUCAAGUGGCAUCAGAAUGGCAACUGGAUGUUGACAGCCUCCAGGGAUCACCUGCUUAAGUUGUUUGACAUCAGAAAUCUGAAGGAGGAGCUGCAGACAUUCAAGGGACACAAGAGAGAAGCAACAGGUAAAGGUUUCCAACUGCUCUGUGCACAUUUGUAUGUGGAACUAUAGCGUGCCAAAAUGAUGUUUUUUUGCUGUGACAGCUGAUUUUCAUCCCUUCCCAGGUUGGCCGCUUUCUUCUGUGUCUGGCAGUUGAGUUUGUUUUUGUUUCUUUUCUGGAGACUUUACCCCUCCCAGAAAUAGCUGAUUUGCUGGGUGGGGGGGGGGGGGGACAAGCCCAUACCACCAAAUCAUUUACUCAAAGCAUUUUUAUAAAGUAUCGUUCUUUUCCCAGGUUGGCCGCUUUCUUCUGUGUCUGGCAGUUGAGUUUGUUUUUGUUUCUUUUCUGGAGACUUUACCCCUCCCAGAAAUAGCUGAUUUGCUGGGUGGGGGGGGGGACAAGUCCAUACCACCAAAUCAUUUACUCAAAGCAUUUUUAUAAAGUAUCGUUCUUUUAAAUCACAACAGUUUAAAAUAAUCAUUCACAUAAGCCCAUGAAACAUGCAGAACUACAACAAUGUGGGUAAAAAAAUUCAUUUUGUAUACUUACAGCAAAAUACAUGAUAGAAAAUGAAUCUGGCACUAAAAAAAUGUUAGUUUAAAAAAUUUAAUGAUCAAUUUUAUGAAAAGUGAUUGGGCUAAACCUGUGCAGAUGCUUUAAGAUUCAGAUUAUUAUUGAAAACUAUCUGUCAGCUGUACAUUUGCCUACCUUGUAUUUACCUCAGAUUUUUCUUUUGUGAGUCACUGAAGUCUUAUAUUAUUGUAAAUACUCCAUGAAUUUCAAUUUUUAAAAAAUAAAUUUCAAAUUUUUUUGUCUAAGGCUAGUUUAUUAAAAAUAAUUUUUUAGUGUAUUUUUUCAAUGGAUUUUUUUAAAAAAAGUUUUCUUCAAUAGAUUUUUCGAUGCAAAAAUUUUUCUUUCAAUGAUUUUUUAAUGAAUUUUCGCAAUGAAUUUUCUCCCCAUUAUUUUAGCUCGGAGUUUUCUAUUUUCUGUCUCAGCGGUUUAAAUGUAACUUAGCACAUUUUGUAAUUAAAUUACAUUCACAGACAUUGUUUUACUUAAAUUUCAGCUAUCGGCUGGCACCCUAUUCACGAAGGGCUGUUUGUUAGUGGCAGUGCAGACGGAGCCCUGAUGUUUUGGAUGGUUGGCUGUGACCAUGAAGUGGGAGGGAUGGAGGAGGCUCACGAGGGAAUGGUGUGGAGCGUGGCGUGGCACCCGCUCGGCCAUAUUCUGGCAUCAGGAUCUAAUGAUCACGCAACGUGAGUGCAGGGAGCUAUAAUACCUGUUAAUAUUUUUAUCUUAUCAGUUGUGAAAUCUACAUAGGAAAGUAUCUACACUAAAAUAUAUUUAAAAAUAAAUAUGUAUUAUGCAAGUUAUUAGUUUCAAUGUAUUUCUACUAUUUCUACGGACAUGUCGACUGUUAAAAAUGGGACAAAACCCUCUCACUUCUAUAGGUGGGUAAUUUUUUACUCUGAAAUAUAAUUUUCUGUGACAAAGCACUCAAGCAUUCUUGUAAUUAGGAUUUUUGCCUGAUAUCCCUGUUACUUACAAAGGUGAUAAUUUUAAAAUUAAGUUAUGCAUGAUGCUGUGUAACUAGAUUGUUAUGCGUGUAAAAUAUUAUGAUGUUAUUCAAAUUUUUAAAAAAAAUUUAUCCAGGAAAUUCUGGACAAGGAAUCGUCCUGGUGAUGAAAUGAGGGACAAAUACAACCUGAACACAUUGCCUAUGGGCAUGAUGGAACAAGAGCUACUUGAAUACAGUAAGUAACAAGGCUGAGUGGUGCAUGGUAGUCUUUACCAGCCUAGACUCUGUAAAUAAAAAAACUCUGGUAGAUGCCAGUCAGCUAUACAUGACUUAGAUAUGAGAUUCAAAACAUAAUGGGUAUACCAGAGAAUAUCAAGGUUAUUAUGAUAAAAGUUAUGCUUCAUUCUACAUUAUGUUCAGAACCACUAAACUAUGCACUCUGUGAGUGAACUAAAAUGUAUCACUGUUACACUUAUCCUGUAACAGGCCAUGAGCCACUGGGAUAUUCAAGUAUAUUUUAAGUAACUUCAUAUAACAUCCUUAUGGCUUGCAUAUUAAUUAUAAUCUCAGCAUGCACUAUUAGUAUUAGUUAAAGGAUCACUUACGUUUUUGUGCACUAGUUUCUAUUUCUUGUCAUAUUUUUAUAAAUUAAUUUUGUUAAUUUGUUAACAUUAGUCAAAUUUGUAAUUAACAAAAUGAUAAUAAUGUCUUAAGCUAUAUCCUGUUAACUGUUGACAUGAGACAGUAAGAAGAUCAUGAUUCUAUAACUGUCUCCUCAGAUCAAGAGUCCAUGAUGCCUAAUCUGCCUGGGAUGGGUCUGGAGCACGGCUUACCAGAACAUUUGCAAAUUAAAGGUACUUCAAUUUAGAUGGGUUUUGAUAUGAUUAGACCUUACAAGUAAGCACAAUGUCAAGGUCGUGGCUUAGGCUUAACUUUAAAUAAUUGGUUCACUGUGGUCAUUGUCACUUUAAUUUGGCUGUGUUGUAUCUCUUAUUUUAAUUAUUAAAAAAAAAAUAUAUUCUAAAUCUCCUCUGGCACUAAGCUCCAAAUCUAUAUUUCUCCAAAGUCUAAAAACCAUUCAAUGUAUUCUAUAAUAUUUGAUUUAAUUCUGGAAUUUGUGCAGCAGCUCCAAUAAGCAUUAUUGUGUUACUUAGUGUUACCAAUAGAUUUUGAUUUUAUAUUGUUUUGCAAGAUGCUACUUACAGAGUUGUUCCCCAUUUCUUUAUUUUGGUAAGAUUGGUUGGCAUAUCCUAGAAAUGUCAACAAAAUUAUUCAGAAAAUUAGUCAUAACUAUUCUUCAUACAGCUGUCUGCCUUCUCCGUUAGCUACACAUGGCUGGGAACUUGGUGGGAUAGAAGGGUGGGGUAAAGGAUAGGCCUUAAGUUCUUUCAUAUGGCUAGCUGAGUUAGUUUAAUUUUUUUUCACUUUACUAGGAUUGAGCUUCAGUUUUUUGCAUGAUUCCAUCUCGCUUAAUUCAUGACCCAGCUGCAUCGUUUGAAUAAAUUAAACACAUUUUUUUGUUAUCAGAAGAAGAGAAACCAGUUGAAAGUGAGCUGCCGUCAAUACCUGGUCUGGAUUGGGAAGAAGAUGCAGCGUUGUUGCGGGCGGAGGAAAAAGCUGCCCUCAAAAAAGUGCCGUACGCAAGACCUGUGCCAAAAAUGUUUGAGCAGGCCUGGUCUGGGGAGAUCGAUGUGGACCAGCUGAAGAAAGAGCAGCAGCAGCAGCAGCUGAAGGCCCAGUUCAUGGCGCCGUCACCGUCCAGCUUGCUGUUGGCGCAGCAGGUUUUGGGUGCAGCCAUCGCCGGCACCUUGCGGCAGCAGCUGGCAAACAGUGAAGGUGGAAGGAUGCUUCUCCCCGGGGGCUCUUUAAUGUUGGGCCCUGGAGCCCCCAGGAUGAUAAUUGCUCCCGGUCAGCCAGUCAUGGGACCUCGAGGUGGACAAAUGGUACUUAUACCUGGUGGGCCUGGGUCAGGUAACAGGGCCAUGGGACCAGGCAACAUGCAGCAAAACAUGGCACUUGAUAACCCAACAGCGGCAGGUCAGCAAAUUAUGGCCAAUGCUAUGGCCAUACUGGCCAACACUGCUUUGAGGCCACAGAACAACAUGGGAAAUAAUCAGCAAUCAGGCAACAAUGCCCAGAUGGGGUUAAAUCAAAAUCAGGGUCAAGGGAAUGUCAAUCAAGGACAGGUGAGACCCACUCAGGGGCAGAUGGGUCCAAUGCAAAAUCAGAUGAGGCCUCAAGGUACGCAGGGUCCACAAGGCCAAGCACCUGGUCAGGGUCAAAUACGACAACAGAACCCCCAGGGCCCACCAUCAAACCAUCCACCCCAACAAAUGGGUCCUCGACCCCCAGUUCCAGCAUUUCCUGGGCAACAGGGACAGUUUGGACCAAACCCCAAUCAACAACCCAACAGAAGUAAGUCUAAACUUUAUCACUUCAAUCAUUGAUGAUCUGUAGCUUAAACAAGUCCUAUUGCUCAGGUCAUAGCAAUCCCUUUAAUCUCAACAUGAAUCCAAGCAAAGUGUCUAAUUUAGUCACAGUCACAGACAUGAACUUAGAUUACUUGGUUGCUAAAAUUAACAUUCUAUUUUCAACACUCCUUCAAGUUCAUUUAUGUCUAAUUUUGGGUGGCCCAACAUCUCAUUUGUUUAUAUGCUGAGUAUCACUUAUUCUCACAAUCAGAUUUGGAAUUGACAUUUUUGUGUUACUGUGCGUGUAAUACUUGGGGUACUUGAUAAUGCUCCUGGACCUUGAAACUUUCUCUGUUUACAAUCAUGGAGGCUGACAAGCCAUCAAAAAAAAGUUCAUGGUUGCUGUAAUUAUUUCUUAAAACUUAGAUGAACUCCAAGCUUCCUUUUAUUCUGGUUGUGGGUCAAAAUUUUCUUCUCUUGGCCUGAAUGGGAAUCAUAGUGAGCAAGGUGAUGACAUCUAUAAUGCUGUUAGUUGUAACAUUGUACUCCUCAGUCAGAGAUAACUCUUACAAUUACCAAAGGUUACUUUUGAAACAACCAAUAGCCUUUCCCUUUAUAUUGUUUUGUUAAAUAUUGAAUUGAACAGCUUUCAAUUGAUUUUGAAAAUGUGAAAAUUAUAUAUUUGAAAUAACCAGGAACAACUGUAUACAAAAAGAUGUUUGAAAUGGAAAAGGCUGAAAUUAGGAAAACUUUUAUCACUUAGUAUUCAUAAAUUAGGAACAAACAUUAACUUAUAAUGGGACCACUGACAAAUGGCAGUAGAAUAGACACUUAAAACAAAGACUACCAUUUUUUUUUUGGUUAGGUUUUAAUCGCUAUUAAAAAGUGCCUUUGGUUUCUGAACUUUAUUUUUCAGGAAAUCUCAAAACCAUUUGUUUGACCAUAUCUUUACCUUUCAGGUGGUCCACAAGACAUGGACAGAGAUGAAAGAUAUCAAGGACCUGGUGGACCAGGUAAAUGCUUUAUAAGCCUUAUUUUGUUAUCCUGAACACUUUAAAUAUCACUAGCCACCGAAAGAUUUGAUCCAUAACUGAAUUUAAUUUUUGAAUGCUACAACUAAAAGCUCCUGUCAGCAACUUGGGAUUUUGUCCACUCUGACCAGAAACCACACACCACAAAGUCAUGUUCUGGAAUAAAAUAUAACUUACAAAUCCUUUCAUGCCCUUCAUUCCAAAACCAAACUUACCAUUUUUCAUGUUUGCUGUUUUGCUUGUGUUGGUGCAGGCCUAACCAUAUGUCGUGGUUUAUGUGUGCUUUAUUUUCACAUAGUUUUAAUUUACUCUAACUUCUUUAAUUUCAGCACCAAAUCAAAUGGGGGGACCAUCAAACCUUGACAUGGACCAGGAUUACCGUCCACGCGUGUACAAUGGACCAGGCGGACCGCUGAAUACUGAAGAUGAAGACUACAGACAGGCUGGACAAGGAGUGUCCAGGGAUCCACGACAAGGCAGUAUGGGUGACCCCCGAGUUCGUGGUAUGGACCCCAGGGUGAAAGGAAAUGACAAUUAUCAGGGCGGAGUUGAUGAGUACGGGGACCGGGAUGAACGAGAGAUUGACGGUGGGGACUACGAUCACAGGAACAUGGGGCCCAGAGGCAGGGGUGGGCACAUGGCUAAUGAUAAUGGAGGCUGGGAUGAGUACGAGGAUGCAGGUUAUGCAGAGGAGUCAUGGGAUGGGGGAGAUGGUGGCUACGAAGAAGACUAUGAGGGCUACGGGGAGGCGUACAGUGUUGAGCAGGAAAACAGAGGUGACAACAGGGGCAGGAAACGAGUAUGGGAAGAAGGGCCUGGUGUGGGGCCGAGAGGUCGUGGGGGACCACCAAG